UAUCUGGUCAUGGCUCCUCCUCUCCUCCUCCACCUCCUGCUUCUCCUGGUCUCUCCACAGGUGUGUGCGGGUGGCAGUGCUCACAGGGACAGCAACAGUAGUGCUGAUGGACCCAAGAAACCCUGCUUUGAGAAAGUCAAGUGUCAGCCAGGGAUUCUGCUUCCUGUGUGGCUGCCGCAUGACCCCCCACUGGCAAUGCAGGCCGUACGAGCCGUGAUCUACUUUGCAUGUCUUCUCUACAUGUUUCUGGGCGUCUCCAUCAUCGCUGACCGCUUCAUGGCUGCCAUCGAGGUCAUCACGUCACAGGAGAAAGAAGUGACUGUGACCGGUGCAAAUGGAGAGAAGACCGUAAUGACUGUAAGAAUCUGGAAUGAAACGGUCUCCAACCUCACUCUAAUGGCUUUAGGUUCAUCAGCGCCUGAGAUCCUUCUGUCUGUAAUAGAGGUAUGUGGACAUGGCUUUGAGUCUGGAGAACUGGGUCCUGGCACUAUAGUGGGCAGUGCUGCGUUUAACAUGUUUGUGAUCAUUGGAGUGUGUGUGUGGGUGAUUCCUGACGGAGAGGUGAGGAAGAUUAAACACCUCAGAGUCUUCUUCAUCACUGCAUCCUGGAGCAUCUUCGCCUAUAUUUGGCUCUACCUCAUCCUGGCAGUCAUAAGCCCUGGCGUUGUACAGGUCUGGGAGGCUCUGGUCACUCUAUUCUUCUUCCCUGUCUGUGUCCUAAUGGCAUGGAUUGCUGACCGGCGCCUGCUCUUUUACAAGUACUUGAACAAGCGCUACCGUACAGAUAAACGUCAUGGUAUCAUUGUGGAGAUGGAAGGGGAACUGGCACCCAGAGGCAUUGAUGCGAUUAUGGGAGAAAAAUAUCAAAACAACACCACAAGCGUUGAUAUGGAGAAAAAUAAAGAACCUGAACAGGACAGAGAGGAGGUCAUCCGCAUACUUAAAGACCUGAGAGAGAAGCAUCCUGACAAAGACCUGGAUCAGCUGAUUGAGAUGGCAAACUAUGCCAGCAUGCAGAAACAGCGCAAGAGCCGGGCCUUUUACCGAGUGCAGGCUACACGCAUGAUGAUCGGCGCUGGGAACAUCCUGAAGAAACAUGCUGCAGCUGAACAAGCGAAGAGAUUGGCUGGAGAGUCGACUGGGAAUGACCUGGCCACCUGUUCUCAGAUCAGCUUUGAGCAGGCGCAGUACCAGUGCACCGAGAACUGUGGUAGCGUGAGUCUGUGGGUUUGUUUACGGGGAGGAACCGGCACCAGAACCUUCCACAUCGAUUACAAGACUGAGAACGGCUCCGCCAACUCUGGGGACGAUUUUGAAAAUUGUGAAGGAACGAUUAUAUUUCAGCCUGGAGAAACACGCAAAGAAAUAAAGGUGGGCAUUAUUGAUGAUGACGUGUUUGAGGAAGAUGAACACUUCUUUGUGCGUCUUUCGAAUCUGCGAGAGGGAGAGGGUGGGACCAACACUGACGGUGCCCGGCUGGUUGAACCUUUAGUUACUACGGUAACCAUUCUGGACGAUGACCAUGCUGGAGUUUUUGCCUUUGGUCAGCGGGAGCUUUGUGUGGGUGAAUGUUCGGGUGUGGUGGAGGUGCCGGUGAACCGAACGUCAGGUGUGCGCGGGACUGUGAUGAUUCCCUAUCACACAGAGGACGGCUCUGCGCGACAGGGGGUUGACUAUGAGCAAAUACAAGGAGAGCUGGAGUUCACCAAUGAGCAGACAAGUAAGACACUUCAGGUGCGCAUCAUUAACAUGCAGGAAUAUGAGAAGCGAGAGAAUUUCUACAUUGUCCUUGAAGAGCCCAAAUGGCUCAAGAGAGGCAUCUCAGCCACCCCUGGUCCAGAAGUGGAGGAGGCCAGACGUAUAGCCGAGAAGGGGAAGCCUGCUCUAGGAGAACACUGCAAGCUAGAGGUCAUUAUAGAGGAGAGUAUGGCCUUCAAGAAUACUGUAGACCGUCUACUGAAGGAUACUAACCUUGCUGAAGUACUUGGCACACACUCCUGGAGAGAACAGUUCAUCGAGGCGGUAACAGUCAGCGCAGGGGAAGCUGAUGAAGAAGGAGGUGAACCUCAGCCGCCGUCAUGCUGUGAUUAUUUCAUGCAUGCAGUCACGGUGUUCUGGAAGAUUCUGUUUGCCUUCGUUCCACCCACUGAAUACUGGAACGGCUGGGCCUGCUUUAUUGUAUCCAUUCUGGUCAUCGGGCUGCUAACUGCUGUCAUUGGAGACUUGGCAUCCCAUUUUGGCUGCACUGUAGGCCUCCGGGACACUGUCACUGCUGUGGUGUUUGUUGCUUUGGGAACCUCCAUACCAGACACAUUCGCAAGUAAAGUCGCUGCUACACAGGAUCAAUAUGCUGAUGCUUCAGUAGGAAAUGUGACCGGUAGCAAUGCGGUGAAUGUUUUUCUCGGGAUUGGUGUGGCCUGGUCAGUUUCUGCUGUUUACUGGGAAGUCAAAGGUCAGGUGUUUUAUGUAGACCCCGGUUCGCUUGCAUUCUCAGUCACACUCUUCACCAUCUUUGCCUUCAUUAAUAUCGGCGUGCUGAUGCUUCGGCGGCGGCCAUCGGUAGGUGGAGAGCUGGGUGGACCUAAAGUGAUGAAGGUCCUGACUUCAAUGUUGUACGUCGGUUUGUGGCUCCUCUAUAUCACGUUCUCCAGCUUAGAGGCCUACUGUCAUAUUACUGGAUUCUGAGGACCAAAGAGACACACACACAAACAGACUCGCACUUACACUAAUGGCAUUCAGAUGAAAUUAGUUUUGUGAGAACUGAGCUGUGUGAUGUAAGAUGUACGUAGGGUAGAUACUUUCUGUGUAACCAAAAGUACCUAAAAUGUGUGAGAGAGAGAGAGCAAGACUGACUGAACUGCUGUCGGGGAUGUAUAUAACUGGUGUUUGGCUUUGAUUUCAGAGCACAUUAGAGGCAGUGUGAUUUUUGACACCAUCAGACUGUCAGUGACAUGAAUGAAAUACUGUAAGAUGUAGCACUUUUUUUGACAGAGCUGUGGUGUCAUUUUAUAUACUGACUGAUGACCAGUAAUUGAUGUGUCUGAAUGCUAGGCCUCCCUCUGAGAGAGAAGGCACUUAUUACUCUCCAUAUAAAGGAACGGAUGAACUCUGUUAUGAGUGAAACUGAACUUCUUUUUGGAUGUCAGGUAUUGUGGGACUUACCUUGAAAUGUUUAUGAACGAAACUGGGAUAACCAUUAUCAUAAUUCACAUUCAUUUAUUUUCUUGAUUAAGGAGUCUGUGUCAUGUCACUUCAUGAAUUAACUCAAAUGUAUAAUUUCAGCAUUUAAAUGCAAGUAAAAUCAUUAAUAAAUG